AUGAAUGAAAAUUCCACAUCGUCAUCGUCAAUAACAACAUUUUCAUCUCCGAACACAACAUUACCUUCCGAACAAUCACAAAAUAAUGUCAAUGCAUUAAAAUCUUCCAUUUCUGAUUUGGCAUUUGGAUUUGAAUCCAUAUUUAGACCAGAAUUUGAUUCCGUUUGUUCUCAUCUACAAGAAUUAAUACGAUCACAACAAGUGAUUGGUGAUUUAUUGAAAGAAGGAAAUACUGCCAUGGCUUCUAUUCCACAAAUGAAAGAAAUUCAAGAAGUGCUUUCACAUAUGCCUUCUUAUAUUAACAAGUUGCAUUUCAUAAAACAAGAAAUGCAUCAAAUUCAAGACAAAACUCAUAAAAUGAAAAUUCGAUCGGAUAAAUUGCUGAAAUAA